AUGGAUUUGUCAAAAAAUUUAAAACUUGAAAACAGAAAUAAAAAGUUCAAUUCUGGUUUUGAUAUUGAAGAUAUUCGUAAGCGUAGAGAAGAAGGUCUUAUAGAGCUUAGUUCGCCUUUUAAAUUCCGAAAAUCUGUUCAUUAUUUUUUGAAAAAAAAUAUACAAUUUUUCAGAAUUUAAAAUAUAAUUUAUUUAUGAAGAAUUUAUUCAAAAAAUAAAUAAAUUCAGUAUGCCAGCACUCUACUUGCACUCCCAACAUUAAAUUAGGUCAAUAAAAAAUAGCACCUUAUCUUAAAAUAUUUAAUUGAAAAAUUAGGGCUAGUUAGAAAAAAAAAAGCGCGAUGAUCAUAUAACAAAAAAACGAGCCCUAGUAUCAGAAACAGGUAAAUUAGCAAAAGAAGCAAUCACAAUUACAAGUGAAGAAGUUGUCUUUAAACAUGAAUGGGUUGAUUCUGACCUAAGUAGCGCAGAGUCAAGACUAAUUUCUACAGAACUUCCCCCAGAAUCUCGUCUAGUCGUUCUUUUAGAAUUAAUCUUGAUGUCUGAAGAUUUAGAAGUCCUUUUUAAAUCAAUUCAAACUUUAAGAAAAAUUUUAUCAGACGAAACACCUCCACCAUUAAUGAUGAUAACCAAAUCAGGUGUAAGCCGUAGGCUAAUAGACCUGAUUUCUUAUGAUUUAACAGAUCUACAAAUCGAAUGUGCUUGGUGCUUAUUAAACAUGGCUUCAGGAAGCGGAGAAAUUAUCGAUAUGAUUGUAGCUGACUCCCUCCCCUUUAAAUUGGAACAAAAUAUAGGUAAAAUUUCCACUUUUUUGUAAAUUAACCCCCCUUAAAUUGGAACAAAAUUUAAUUUUAUAAUAGAAAAUUUUAUAUAUAUAAAUCAUAAUUUUUAUGUAAAAAGUUUCGAUAUAAUUUAAAUGUUUCUUCUUAACUAAAAUUAAAAAUUUAGUUAUAUCCUGCUCUUGUUUAAAGAAUAGAGUAUAAAGAGUAAAUAGCAUUUUAUUAAACAAAAUUUAUUAAUCUAAUUCGAUAAAUUUUUGAAUUUUUUUGUUUUUAAAAAAAUUUUCUUAACCCCCCUUUAAAUUGGAACAAAAUUUUUAGUUCCAAUUUAAAGGGGGGGGAGUGAGGGAAUUGUUAAUGCCUUAGUUGGGCUUUUAGGAAGCAAAAACUUUGAUUUAGUAGACCUAUGUGUCUGGACACUUGGAAAUAUUGCUGGUGAUUCAGUUGAAUCAAGAGAUAAAAUAGUUGAAGCUGAAGGAAUUCAUAAAUUACUAGAAAUCAUUACUACAAGAGAAGGGAUAACGCUUCAGCAUUUAUCCACACUCGUAUGAGCGAUCAGCAAUUGUUGUAGAGGAAAGCCAGAGCCUCCCCACGAUUUGAUGAAAAAAGUAAUAAAACUGCUGCCAAGCUUAUUCGCGACAAAUGAAGAAGAUAUUCUUUCAGAUUCUUGUUGGACCUUAUCAUAUUUAUCUGAUGGCCACACAGAGCAUGUUGAGGAUCUCAUUUCCUUAAAUCUUCUCCCGACUUUAGUUGAGCUGCUUUCAACUCCAAUCACAAAAAUCCAAAUUCCAGCACUCAGAACUCUUGGAAACAUUUUAACAGGAAAUGACCAGCAGACCGAAAAAGUGAUUGCUCUUGGUCUUAUUGAUAAAAUUGCUCCACUUCUGACCUCAAGGAAAAGAAGUUUAAGAAAAGAAGCUCUUUGGGCUGUUAGCAACAUAAUGGCUGGAGCUGAUGAGCAAAUUAAUAUGGUUCUUUCUCACCCUUGCAUGCAAUUAGUUUUGGCGUCAGUUAUAGAUUCUGAUAUAGAGAUAAAAAAAGAAGCAUUGUGGGCUAUUUCAAACGCAAGUCAUGCAAAAAAUAAAGCAUUGGUAUUGAAAUUGGUGGACCUAGGGGCUUUAAUUGCACUUUGUGAAGUCUUGAAUAUGCAAGAUGCAAAAGUACUGCUUAUUGCUUUAGAAGGACUUAAUAAUAUUUUAAGAGCUGGAAAAGAUAUGAUAAAUUUUGAUAAAGGAGAAACUAUCAAUGAAGUUGCUUUGAAAUUUGAUGAAAUGGAUGGGGUUGCCAAGCUGGAAGGGUUACAAACUCACCCCAAUGUGAAAAUUUAUCAAAAAGUUGUUGCCAUUAUGGACGAGCAUUAUGGGCUUGAAGAAAUUGAUGAAAACACAAACAGUGUCCAAACGCCAGUUAUGUUUAGCAUAGCAUAA